AUGUCUGGUGCUUCGCACGACCCACGCCUUCUCUACAGCGUCAACAACAUUCGCGCUUUUCACAUUCAAGAUGGCGAAGAGCAGGAGCUCACUCCCUCCGGUCCGCAGACGCUGUCCUUGCUAAUGGUCCCAACGGCUACUUCAGCGCCGACGCCGCCAUAUGCUGCCGGCGCCAGCACUGAACCAGAGGAGGACUUCUAUCUUCACCUUUAUCUCCCUCCGGAAUUGGACCUUGCCCUUCCUGCCACUACACAGAUCUUCCACCAACCACCGGAUAGCUAUCUGAUCCCUCGUUGGGAUAUGGCCCCCGAUGUUGGCGCCUUUAUCCGAAUUCAAUUCCCCAGUAUUGGGUCGGGGCCCAAUAAGGUGAUGCAAGAUGAUAUCGAUACUUUCGAAACAAUCCUUGCGCAAUGCACUGCAUUCCACGACCGUGCGGCUUCGAGUGGAAAGUCGGAUGGUUACGCCGCGUACAACCCCGCCGACUAUGCACCCGGUGAAGGUUAUGUCACGUCGCCCGAUACCAAGCGGUCCGAUCUGCACGGCAAGAUAGUACUCAUUGACGAAGAGGAUGGAAGCGUCGUCGGAGAAUUGGGAGAUGGGUACAACGUGGUGGAGGAUGCGGAUGUAAAGCCUGGAUCUAAACGCCCCGUGGGAAUUGAGCUUCCUAGCGAAGGAGAGGGCAACCGAGUCAGUGUCAGCAAUGUUUCCGAAGAAUACCUGGCUAUGUCGCGCCACCCGGCAUAUCAAAACUCCACAAUCGUUCAGACAUCGGCAACAGCAUCUCGUUUGAUUGUUGCAACAUCAACCUCUCUGGCCAAUUACAUCACUAGCGGAGCAGAUGGCUUCACCAAGAAGACGAAGCCGAACCCCAAGCCGCUGACCUUCUCCGAUGCCACGCACGCACGCAUCCGCAAGAUUGGCACCUACUCCAAUGGUGCUGCUGAUAUUUCUUCGCGCACAGUUGGACAGGUAGAGAAGGUUGCACAGAGCAUUGGUGCAUCGUUGGCGCGCAAAGAGGGCAAACCCAAGGGCUUCAGCAAAGGCAACCCACCACCCGACUACAAGCCGGGCGUGCUGAACAAGUCGAUGAUUGCUUUCUCAACCCUUGCCGAUGGCAUUCAGGAGGGUGCCCGAAACAUCCUUCUUACCGGUUCCCAGGCUGCCAGUACAGUUGUCAGCCACCGCUACGGUGACCAAGCCGGCACAGUCGCCAACAAUCUGACAGGUGGUAUUAAGAAUGUCGGAUUGGUGUACAUUGAUGCCACUGGCGUAAGCCGACGUGCACUGCUCAAGUCUGUCGCGAAGGGCAUGGUCGUGGGUAAAAUGCGCGACGGUCAGCAGGUGGUGGUUGGCGGCGGCGACGGUGGCCAGCUUCCCACCGAGGCCGCCGGCCCUUCUGGCCUCGGACGGGAUCCAGUUGCCCGGGGCCCAUCACCGAACCCCACCCCACCUCCUGCAUACGAUGCAUCAGGAACGAUGUCAAUGGGUGGUGCGUCUAUGUCAGGGGGGAAGCGCUAG